CUUCCUGUCCCGCCGCCGGAAGCGGAAGUGCCCUGUCCUCCCAUUUCCGGUCGGUCGCAGCGCGGCGGACGCACCAGCACACCUCUAGCAUGACAGAUGCAGAACCCCUGCCUGCUUUCUGACCAUGAAGGAGACGGACCGGGAGGCUGUUGCGACAGCAGUCCAGAGGGUUGCUGGCAUGCUUCAACGGCCAGACCAGCUGGACAAGGUGGAGCAAUAUCGCAGAAGAGAGGCCCGGAAAAAGGCCUCCGUGGAGGCCAGGUUGAAGGCCGCAAUCCAGUCGCAGUUGGACGGGGUGCGCACCGGCCUGAGCCAGCUCCAUAACGCCCUGAACGACGUUAAGGACAUCCGGCGGUCUCUGGGCGACGUCAGCAAAGACUGGAGGCAGAGCAUCAACACCAUCGAGAGCCUCAAGGACGUGAAGGACGCCGUCGUGCGGCACAGCCAGCUCGCUGCAGCUGUGGAGAACCUCAAGAACAUCUUCUCAGUGCCGGAGAUUGUGAGGGAGACCGAGGAUCUCAUAGAGCAGGGGGCGCUUCUGCAGGCACACCGCAAGCUGAUGGACCUGGAGUGCUCCCGGGACGGGCUGAUGCACGAGCAGUACCGCCUGGACAGUGGGAACACACGUGACAUGGCCCUCAUCCAUGGCUACUUUGGGAGCACGCAGGGGCUCUCUGAUGAGCUGGCCAAGCAACUGUGGGUGGUGCUACAGAGGUCGCUGGUCACUGUCCGCCGCAACCCCACCUUGCUGGUCUCAGUUGUCAGGAUCAUCGAAAGGGAAGAAAAAAUUGAUAGGCGCAUACUUGACCGAAAAAAGCAAACUGGCUUUGUUCCUCCGGGGAGGCCCAAAAAUUGGAAGGAGAAAAUGUUUGCCAUCUUAGACAGAACCGUGACCACCAGGAUCGAGGGCACGCAGGCGGAUACCAGGGAGUCCGACAAGAUGUGGCUUGUCCGCCACCUGGAAAUCAUAAGGAAGUAUGUCCUGGAUGACCUCAUCAUUGCCAAAAACCUCAUGGUUCAAUGUUUUCCUCUGCAUUACAAUAUCUUCAGAAGCCUCCUGAGCAUGUACCACCAGGCCUUGAGCACACGGAUGCAGGAGCUCGCAUCAGAGGACCUGGAAGCAAAUGAGAUUGUGAGCCUGUUGACAUGGGUCCUGAACACCUACACAAGUGCAGAGAUGAUGGGGAACACGGAGCUGGCCCCAGAAGUGGACGUCAGCACCCUGGAGCCUUUGCUUGCUCCAAACGUGGUCUCUGAGCUGCUUGACACGUACAUGUACACUCUUACUUCAAACAUCAUCGCCUGGCUGAGGAAAGCGCUAGAAACAGACAGAAGGGACUGGGUAAAGGAGAGUGAGCCUGAGGCCGACCAGGAUGGGUACUACCAGACCACGCUCCCUGCCAUCGUCUUCCAGAUGUUCGAGCAGAAUCUUCAGGUUGCUGCUCAGAUCAGUGAAGAUUUAAAGACAAAGGUGCUGGUCUUGUGUCUUCAGCAAAUGAAUUCUUUCCUGAGUAGGUACAGAGAUGAGGUCCAGUCAUACAAAGAAGAGCAUCUGAGGAACCGUCAGCACCCGCACUACUACGUCCAGUACCUGGUCGCCGUCAUCAACAACUCCCAGACCUUCAAAGAAUCCAUAGUCAGCUUAAAAAGGAAGUAUUUGAAAAAUGAAGCAGAGGAAAGCACAUCUCUGAGCCAGCCCAGCGUGGACGGGAUCCUGGACGCCAUCGCCAAGGAGGGCUGUGGCAGUCUGCUGGAGGAGGUCUUUCUGGACUUGGAGCAACAUCUCAGUGAGCUGAUGACCAAGAAGUGGCUGUCGGGUUCGAGUGCUGUAGACAUCAUCUGCGUCACCGUGGAGGACUAUUUCAACGAUUUUGCCAAGAUUAAAAAGCCUUAUAAAAAGAAGAUGAUAGCCGAGGCACACCGGCGGGUGGUGGUGGAGUACCUGCGGGCCGUCAUGCAGAAGCGCAUCUCCUUCCGGAGCCCGGAGGAGCGCAAGGAGGGUGCAGAGAGGAUGGUCCGCGAGGCUGAGCAGCUGCACUUCCUGUUCCGGAAGCUGGCCUCCGGGUUUGGGGAGGACAUAGACGCACACUGUGACAGCAUCAUCGCCAUCGCAGAGGUGAUUAAGCUCACAGACCCCUCCCUGCUCUACCUGGAAGUCUCGACUCUGGUCAGCAAGUACCCAGACAUCAGGGAUGAUCACAUUGGCGCCCUGCUGGCCAUGCGAGGGGACGCCAGCCGGGACAUGAAGCAGACCAUCAUCGAGACACUGGAGCAGGGCCCGGCACAGCCCAGCCCCGGCUACGUGCCCAUCUUCAAAGAGAUCGUGGUCCCCAGCCUGAACGUGGCCAAGCUGCUCAAGUAGGCAUGUUGAGGCCGCGCUCCUGCCCACCCUCAGCCCUGCGUGUCCGCUUCCUUGGCACCAAGCGCACGCUGCCUGAGGAACGUGCCCUGAGGCCGUGUGUCCCCAGCGGCCUGUGUGGGCGCCUGCGCAGCCUGUCCUCACGCUGCCCUGGGCCGCUCAUUCCGCUGUGCGCCUGUCACGCUCUGCUACUUAAUAAAGAGCCUGAACUCCUGCCAGGAAGCAAAAA